AUGCAGAAUCUCUGCCACAAUUGUGGAGGAAAGGAUCACUGGGCUGCGAAAUGCCCCAAAGGAACUUGCAGAAUCUGCAGACAAGCCGGACACCACACGUCCAUCUGCAAAGAACUCUUCAGCUCUCAGAAAGCCCGUCAAAAGCCUCCACUCCAAGAAGUACCACAGAAGCAGGGAACGAAGCUUCAACUACCCAAGGUCAAGACUUCGAAAAUAAAUACGGUCGCUUCGAAUGACGGUAGCAAAGGGGAAAUGGAAGCUUCAGACGCAGUUUUUCACGUCAGCAACACAACGAAGGUUCUCAUUCUGGCGGGACAAGCCAGAGUACUUAAUCCGGCAACACAAGCGUUAGAACCAGUCUACGUGAAUCUCGAUACAGGAGCCGACCGUGCGUUCAUCAGUAGCAGUUUGGCUGAGCGCCUCCAGCUGAAAGACGUAGAUUCCAGUCGUCUAAGCAUCGGCAACUUUCGGCGCUCACAAGCCUUUCGAAAGGACUUGCGGCAUCACGGUUCUCCGCAUGUGGGAUGCACAUACGUUCACAGUAACGAAAAUCGAUACCAUUACAAAACCAUUAACAAGAAGCAGACUGAGAUAAACCAAGAUCUCAAACAACAACGAAGCGGCGAAGAGUUAGUCAACUCGGAAAGUUCGGUAGAAGUGGCCCAAACAAUAGCCUUAGAGGACACAGAUAAUGAUUUUGCGCAGACUUUGGAACAGUUCUGUGAAUUCGAGAAGUCCGGGGUUAAGGAAUUUUCGGGUCCAAUAACGGAGGAACUGAAGCAGACAGGCGCAGAAGUCUGGAAAGCUUUUGAAGAAACUAUCGAAAAGAAAGAAGAUGGAUACUAUCUGCGCCUUCCAUGGAAGAAGGAAACAAGCGGACUUCCGGACAAUAAGCCGAUUGUAUAUCGUCGUCUGCAAGCAAGUCUUUCUAAGCUUAGGAAGGAUCCCAAUCUACUGCAGCAGUACGACGACACGAUCAAGAGUCAACUCGAGCUGGGUAUCAUCGAAGAAGUUGCUGAGGAUUUAAUAGUCGAGGAAGGAGAAGUUAUGCACUAUCUAGCACAUCAAGCCGUUGUCACGCCGCACAAAGAAACUACCAAACUACGAGUUGUGUUCGAUGCUUCAGCAUUCAUAAGCAAUUCCCCGUCGCUGAAAGACGUUCUCUAUCAAGGACCAGUCAUUCUUCCCGACAUCGAAAAAGCAUUUCUGCAAGUACGGCUGCAUCCCGAAGACAGAAAUGCAACAAGGUUCAUGUGGGUACGAGACAUCCACCAACCACUCACUCAGGAGAAUCUAGUGUUCUUCCGGUUUACGAGAGUGAUCUUUGGAUUGAACUGCUCUCCCUUUCUGCUUGCCGGAACCAUAGUGCAUCACCUAAGAACGCAUGUCGAGGACCAGCUUGCCAAGGAAAUCGGAGACAACACAUAUGUGGACAAUCUCAUCGUAACCAAAAGAUCAUCAGACGAAGAGUUGCGGUUUUACGACGAUUCGAAAGUCAAACGAAUCACGUCCGCCGAUCUAACUGGGAAUGAUAAUCCGAAAGUCCUUGGAAUACUAUGGAACACUGAAAAAGAUGAACUAGCGCUUUCGUGCAACUACCUUCCCAAAGCGAAAGUGACAAAGAAGUCAGCCUCAGAACAAGUUGCUGCAAUAUACGACCCUCAAAGAUGGCUCACACCUCUCACGCCGGCCGGUAAAAGAUUCCUCCAAUCGCUGUGGAAAUUCGACUACGCCUGGGAUACAGAAAUAUCUGAGGAGCAUCAGCAACAAUGGAAGGAUAUCAACCAAGCAGUCAAUGGCUUUCAGUGUGUGUUGCCGCGAGAGGUCGCUCAGAUCGACACGCCAACAAAGCUUGUGCUGUUCUCAGGCGCUAGCGGACAAGCUAUGGCAACGUGUGCUUACCUUGCUUCCACUCUGGGAAGCAAUUUACUCGCUGAAAAAUCCAAACUUCCACCCAUCAAAGACAUCGUGACGAUUCCAAAAUUAGAGCUCAACGCCACUACAAUGGCUACUCGAGUUGCACACUCAAUCUUUACCUUGGCGAUUCAAUGCCGCACAAGGAUCUCAGAAAUAGUCAUCCUGUCUGACUCACAAAUUACUUUCAAAUGGAUCGCAUCGCAUCGCCCUGUCGAAGAGAGUGCAGGAGUAUUUGUUAAGAAUCGUGUAACCGAGAUACGAAAGAUUGUGAAGGACAUUCCAGUCACUGUUCACUUUGGAUAUGUGAGUACCGCAAUGAAUCCAGCAGACAGAGCAACAAGAGAAGUCGAUAAGGACGACAUGAUUGACCAUAUGUGGUGGAAGGGACCAAAGUUUAUUUUGGAUCCAACAGAGCAAUGGCCAAAGACAUGCCGUCUCUUCAAGAUACCAAAUGACGUGGAGAACGACAGCUACGCGCUUCCUUAG